UUAACCGAAAGAUUCCUUCUUGGUGUGCUUUUACCAGCAGAAAAAAUGCUCACAGAUUUUUGGGGCGUCAUGGAAGGGGCAUUUUCAGCUACACUCUGCCAUUCUGGAUUUCAGGGAUCAUGCUACAUACGUAGGAAUGUCCAGGAAGAAGGCUUUGAGCUUGAGAAACCACUGUUUGUGCAGUUCCCUGAACGCUGCAAGCUCCUGAUCAUUGCAAGUCGGCAGAAGUUUGGGCUGGUAGAUUGAGCUGAACUCCUGCCUCCUGGUUGGUUGAAGUCAAGGCCUUCGCACAUUGUUCCAUCAUUGCAAUUGCAUGCAAGAAUUGUGACCAAAUGGCUUUCACAAGAGUUUUUCAGGCGGGUUGUCAUCAUGAAGGUCUGAUCCUUGUCAACACUUGGCAGAAGACUAGAACCAGGACGUGUGCUGGCAAACUCAGCGGUGAAGGCAAGUGCAGCCAAUCCAGGAGGCGCAUGCCAGCUACUCUUCAUAUGCAUCAGAGAUCCACACAUCAUACAGCCACCACACAAUCAAGUGAUGCUUUGAAGCCCCCUCGUUCUCGUCCACCUCAAUUUCCCUCAUUGCCAAAGUUGGCUCCACUCCCCUUCAAAAAAAUACAGCAUUCCUCAGUCACAGCUUACGCACAUGCAGCUGGUCAGUCCGCCAGCUCAACUGUUCUGGCAGACACAGAAACGCCCCCCUUGCAAGCUGAGCUUGAGGCUGCUGUCGCAGCUGUUGAACGUGCUUGCCAUUUGUGCCUGAAUGUAAGGGCCAGCAUUCAUGACGAUGGAGAACUAGACGAGGGGGACGCUCGGCUGAAGAAGCAAGACGCAACGCCGGUGACGGUGGCAGACUUUGGGGUUCAAGCCCUGAUUAGUCUAGAGCUGCGGCGCCUCUUCCCUGACGUUCCACUGCUGGGGGAAGAAGACGCAACUCAGCUGAGAAACCAGCUGAAGGAAAGUUCAGCGCCAGGUGGCAGUCUUGCGGAAGCAGUCAGGGCAGUUGUUGCCCUGGUGGCGCCCGCUGACUUGGGUUCGAUCAGCGUCGACCAAGUGUUGGACGCCAUUGAUGAUGGGCGAGCCGAGACCACUUCUCAGGACAGAUUCUGGAUUUUGGACCCGAUCGACGGCACCCGCGGCUUCUUGCGAGGAGGGAAGUCCCAGUAUGUAAUUGCCCUCGCUCUAGUUCAAAACGGCAAGGUGGUUCUUGGAGUCUGUGGCUGUCCCAACAUGAGUGGGGCUUCUCUCGAGUGUGAUACGUGCGUGCCCGACGCCACGAGAGGCCCUGUAGAAGAGGCGAGCACGCAGGAAAACCCUAGGGAUCAGGGGGGAGAAUGCACGUCCUCUGAAGAACGAGGCCCUCUCGAUUCAAAUGUUCGGGGGCUGAUUGUGUAUGCCAGUCGGGGAGAGGGUACCUGGGUGCGGGGAUUAGAAAAAUCGGACGGUCUGACGUCCACGUCAGGAAGAGAGUCUCUUCAGUCGGACGAGUCGGAGCGUCGAGCAGCUUUAGACGCCGGUCGAGAAGGAGCCUUUUCUCACUCUGCCUGGCUCCAGCCUCAGCGGGUCAGAGUGGACGGUGUGAAAAGGCUCUGGGACGCGCGGAUCUGCAUAUCAGACCAUGAAACGUGGGGCGAGUUGCCCCUGGCGGCCGCGCUCGCAAGCACCCCCCAUCCCGAGGACAGCGAUGACGAGGGGGGGCGUUUACACCACGCCGAGGAGUGGGAGGCGAAGCAGCUGCCGCUGUGCUGUGGAAGCAUCUGCAAAUACGUUGCCGUAGCUCUGGGCGCGGCCUCGGUCUUCGUACAGCACCCGGUCUCCAAACCAACGCUCAAAGUGUGGGACCAUGCAGCGGCGCUGAUCUGCGUCACAGAGGCCGGGGGGCAGGUUACUGAUCUUGAGGGGCUGCCGUUGCAACUAGGCACGGGAGAGAGCGAGUUCGCUCCGGGUGGAGGCGGGGUGAUCGUAACUAAUGGAGGGUUGCAUGAGUUGGCGCUUGAGGCUGUGAGGAAGGGCCAGCAAUUGCUCGUGAAUUGAGGGUUCAUAUUGAAAUAAUACAACGGAGUCCUUAUUGAAAUAAUACAACGGAAUCCUUCUAAAGGUUUAGGAAAGCGAAGGUAACAUUGAACAACCGAAGUGUUGCAAUAAAAGCCUUGAGUGAAGAGGAUGCUGGUCCUGCAUGAGAGAGAAGGCCUGAGAAAGGGGGUUUCAUUCCAAAGUCGAGCACCACUCACAAAGGAGCGCUUGGAGCUCAAUUGACGACCUUUGCGGGCGACUACCGUCAUGCUUGCCGCACACGG